AUGGAUUCCUUUUUCGGCUUCGAUACCAGUCUGCCGGAAGACAUCUCGGACGAGGAGGAGUAUGACGCCCUGAAUGACGAAACGUUCGGUGCGGCGGACAAGGGCGACUGGAAGGACAUCCACGAGCAUCUCGUGCGGCUGGAAAGUUGCAGGAAUGGGGGGCGAACCGGUUCCUUCCUUGGGGAGGAUGAGGACGACGGGGGCAGCAGCGACAACAACAACAGCGAGAGCGGCCGUAGCAGUGUGGUGGCCCAAAGCAUUGGCGAUGAGUUCGCGAACAAGCUACGGCUGGAUCCGAGCAUCUGGGGUAGCCCGGCGAAGGUUCCGGCUCCGGUGCAGCCACCGUACAGCGAUUAUAGGCCCAGCGGUACGCCAUUUUCUGCCCUGCCACCACAGCAGAGCGCCUUUCGACCACCGGAACCGGCGCAUCCGAUCGGGGGAGGUGGCCUGCCGCCAAAACCGCCUCCCUCACUGCCACCGGGCUUGUUUCCACCCAUGAAGAUGCUGUCAGUGGAGGACAUUGAACGAACCAUCAUCCAGCAUCAGCAUCAGCAAAAUCAGCAUCAAAGUAUGCUGCAAAAGCAAAUGUCACAGCAGCAGCAGCAGCAACAACAACAACACCAACUCCAUUACCAUCACAACCAAUUUCACCAGCAGCAGCAGCAGCAGACACUGCAACCAUUCCGCACACCGGCACCGGUCCCGGCCCAACCACCACCACCAGUGAAAGCUCGCGAUCAUUUCACACCCGCCAAGGAGGUAAAGAGUAUGCAGCCGCCGAUCCCGAUGAUCUCCUCGCCAGUAGCAGCACCACCGUUACGGGUACCACCGGCGCUGCUCACCCCGCCGCUUUCGCUGCUGGGCGCCCGAAACGCCGGCCCCGCUGCCCUGUUCCCGCCCGGACCGUCGCAGCCACCACCGCCGGCACCUCCGCCUCCCAUGCUGAACAACGCGAACCGUAUUCCGCUUGGUUUGCUGCCGUACAAAAUGCUAGCCGCCCGACCGUACUCGACCCCGUGGCGUAUACAACUUGAAACAAACCACGCCCCACGAACCACGAUGGCCUCUUCCUCGUCCAGCAGCAGCAGCAGCAGCAGAAUGUCGGUGAUGGACCGCGACCUCUGUCUGCUGCUGGUGGAGAUGUCGUCCGAGAAGGUAACCGUGCGGCAGAAGGCGUUCAACAAGAUGAGCACCAUCCUGAACAACCGGGAGGACGAUUUUCUCGACUACAUGGCAUCGGAUGCGUUCGAGACGCAGUGGUGCGCGGUGCUGGAUGCGGCUUACCACGGCAUACAGAAGCAGAGCUACGCCAUUACGACCCAGGUGCAGAGCAAGAACCACUACGUCGUGGUGCUGCACAAGCUCGUUGAGCUGGCGAUGGAUCGGGAUGCGCCGCAGCUACCGCACAGCCAGCUGAUCGGGUGCUUUGUGCGCGCGAUCAACGAUCAAGCGAUGCGGGACAGUUUUGGUGUGUGCUUUCUGCACGUGCUGAACAAGUUCGUGCUGUGCUCCAAGUGGUGCCUAACGCCGGUGAGCUACGAGCACUGGAAAGAAAUUCUUGACUGCUGUUUAGUGAUGCUGGAUACAGCGCACGUACCAAAGCACUUGGCGGCCAACUGUCUCUCGCUGGCUGUGGUGAAAUUUUUAGCCAACUGCUCGAUGCAAACACUGCUGGCGGACUAUUUGAGCCGGCUGAUUGUCCACCUGCGCCAGGCGGUAAACGAGAAGAAAAGUAACGUUUUAUGCGAUCUGAUAAACAUAGCUUUGUACAUAACAGAAGCGAUAGCGGUGGAUUGUAAGGCGAAGAUCAUUGCAUUCUUGGAGUCGCUCGUUCCAUGCACGGUGAAACUUUACAAGGAAGCAAACUUGCGCAAGGAACAGAAAGUGUCACUGUUCCGGUUGAUGCAUCUGUCGCUGAUAAUGUUGUACCCGGGAGGAAAAUCUCAUACCCUUGCCAAACCACUGACCCGAGGCGGUUUGCAGCAGGUCGAGGACGAUGAAGCGCGAAGGAAAACGUUGCGCGAAUAUCAUUACAUACUGACGAGUGAAAUGAAGGCACGGGAUCAGAGUUCGUUCUUUGGCUCGAAUGAGGCCCCUUUUGCUGAUGGUUUCAUUGACUUUGCCGCCCGGUUGUGUUAUACGGUGUACUGGAACGAGGAUAAUUGGAAGGAAUCUAGCGGCGAAGAAACGGCCGCAAAGCGAAACAAACAGUUUAACAAACUGCAAAGCAUCAUGGAGAUGGUCGACAGAUAUGAGGCAGCACUUACUAGCGACGACUAUGCGCAACUGUUGCAACUGUUGUGCAAUGUGCAACCGAGCCUACAAUCGCCGCACGAGCAUGAUGCUUUCUACCAGUGCUGUUCCGUGCUGCUCGCGUUCGAACAAAAGUCAACCCAUCGAUCGUUGAACACAGCGGCGGCCAGCGGUGAAUCGAUUGGCGAGCUUUGGGCCAAAAUGAUAGCCGCUGCGUUCCGUGCCUGCACCAACACCGCCGCAAGAACGUGCGCUAAAUCCAAUCUCCUGCUGCAGCUAUUGAUUCGCCAUCGAAAGUAUCCGAACGUCGGCUUUCUAAACAGCACCGUGCUGGAAGCCUUUUACACCUAUGCCGUGGAGAAGACGAACCUUAACGUCGGCACGGUGCUGUCCAUCCUGGAGACGGUGGGCAACGCCGAGUGUCUCGGCAGUGUCGACGGUGUGCUGACCAAGCUGCUCAACUAUCUCUAUCCGCAGACGCGCGAAACACAGUCGAAAGCGAUACUGCACGCAAAGGAGCGGCUGAGCGCAAAGACGCUGGCACGCAUUUCGAUCCUUUGCGUGGUGACUACAUGUUGCGCAAUGGAUGAGACAGAGCGGCACACACACGCCGGAGUGCACGAUACCUUUUACCGGGAGCGAGACGGGCAGUUGCAAACGCUCGAGCAAAGACUUCGCUACCAUAGUUUAGAGGAAUUGCUAGCGUUGGAGCAGCACAAAAAGGAAGGGAUUGAUGCGGAAUCACCCCAAGGCAGCGCACGAAUCUCUUACAACAUAAACGAACCACUGUUUUUGCGCCUGUGUGAGGUAGUAAGCUUCGACAAGCAUAUCCUGCCCGAUGGGAAUUAUUUUCUAGCCGAUGGAUUGGCAUGCAUCUGCGACGAUUUGGAGUUGUACCUGGAGAUGCUCAACAUUUUGCAGCUGCACGCCGCGUACGAUGAGCAGCAGUGCACCAGGAGCCCACUGUACAAAAAGGUUCUGCUCAAGUUCGACCUACUAAACGGUGGAUUUGAGCGGCUGUUGAAAAACGAUGCGGCCUCCACGCUAAAUCUCAUCAAAACCAGGAACCUUGCCGAGCGAUUGUUGGCCAUCUUUCGUGUCCCUUACCAUCCGUCGUACGAAGGGCCAAGCCUGAACGAGGCUCACGAGCUGCUGGAUCGGUUGGAACUGAAUGUGUUCAGCAGUUUGGAUUUGUUCUAUCUGUUUGAUCUGUGUCGAAUACUGCUGGCGCAAACUUCCCAUGAGGUGGUGGCCGUAUGGGUACUGAGAAACCUGGUAGAUGUGUGCAAAAACCACUACACCAAUCCUGACAUUACGGAGCAGAUUAUCGAUCUGUACGGUGCUUUAACCGCCUUCGUGAGCCCGUACGAAGACAUGAUCCGCAACGUAACGAUCGUGCUGUACUCGUUCGUAAAACAGUGCGCCAAACACACGUACUCUACCGAGCUGCAGGUGAAGAUACUGGCGCAGGUGAAGUAUCUGCUCCGCGCUUACCCGCAGCACAUCCGUACGCCAACGCACGAGAGCAUCUACAACGGAUUGGUGCCGUUGCUGAGCAGCCCAAGCUAUCGCAUCAAGCUGGAAGCGGUCAGGAAUAUUCUGCACUUCAUGCAGCUCGAAUGGUCACAUCCUGACCUUUCUUCGGUUCCGUGCAGCUUUUACGAGUUUCAGCUGCAACUGUACGAUCAAAUUCAGUUCGAGGAGCUACUAGCGACCGACGGUGGGAUGGACAUGAACGAUGAGAGAAUGAACGUGAUUAGCGGCUGCCUUCAGCUGCUGUUGGGCAUCUUUCGCAUUAGCUUCAUGCUGCGUCGGCGCGCGUUGUGCGAUUUUGUGCUGCUCGUUCAGUUGGGAAGCGUAAACGAUGACAAAAUGGCAAACACCAUACGGCUUAUGCGCACCUCCAGCGAUAUCGACUUCUGCCAGCUGCUUCAAGCUAACCUGGACACCGUACUCGAGCUAUGGCUAACCAAAGGGAAUCGGUUGCUGCAUUUCCCGUUCCGUCUAGCGGGAAAGAUCGCCACGAUCGAAGAGUUUAUCCAACUGUUCAAGAAAAACAUUUCCUUCGUCAUACUCUGCAUGCAGCCGGAACGGUUCGAACAGUUCUGCAAAUCGAUUGGCGUACAGCAGGCAGAAAUGGUGAAGAGUAUACUGCCGAAAUGUGUUUCGUUCCUUCUGCCCAAGUACGCCAAAUGUGAAGGGAUGGCGCCCAAGUAUGAUGCAAUAGCUAGUCGGAUGCACAAAGCACUUGCCCCUAUAAUAAGCACGGUAGAUCUUAAAGAUUACGUGUCGGAAAUUAUCAAACAUCUCACCCACCGAUUGAACGAUCACGUUGAGCUGGGCAAGCUGUUGGACCAGGACCUGCCAAGCUGCUUCGUUGCCGAUCUGUCGCUUAGCAAAGCCACUUACUCGACGGCGCUCGAGCACCUGAAACAGUCGGUAUGGGGAUCGCAAUCGUUCAAGUACACGCUGCUGAGCAAUUUGUGUUUUAAAAACAGCUCACCAAUUGAACGCACCCUAACGGAUGUCAAACGCUGGCUUUGGGCGGCUGAUGAACCGGAGCAGAAAAUGGUACAUCUCUUCCAGUACACGGUGUUUCUCGACCAUCUGAAAGAGUACAUCGGACAGCAGAAGGAACGCGCGUUCAAACCCUAUCUCGUGCGAGAUGUGGUGUAUUUCCUGUGCAACUUGUUGUCCUCCUUUCCCGCCCUACGACUUGCCACGCUCAACAGCUUCGGGCGGUUCCUGGAGCACGUGGUCGCAUCUAGCGAUGCGUGCGAGCUGCUCUCGGAACAUUUGCACUUCAUAGUGUCAUCAUUGCUGGAGGUGGAAAAUGUCGAUCCGGCAUCGGAGAUUUCUCAAAAAUCGCUAACUCUGCUACGGUUUCUGAUCUUACAACACUCUGCCGCGUUUGCGGGUGCGAUCGGUAAGCUGAAUUAUCUACCAAAGGACGAACGAUUCGAUCAGUUGCGGCUUGCUAUAUCGCGCCAAAAAACGAUCGGUCAUGAAAAUGUGCUGCCAAGGGAAGAAAUCGCGGCGCUGAUUGAGUUGCCCAAUUUAAGAUACGAAGAUUUGGCUGCGCUGAAGAUUGUGCUCACCACCAAAAAGAAAGAUCUAAAAUUAUUGUGCGAUGAGCUGAGCGAGCAAAGCGCAUCGUCGGGCGCUAAUGGGGAAAGCGUGCUUCAUCGGUUAGUCUACACUUUGCUGGAAGUUGUGCGCAGCUCCCCGUUCGACAAGCGAUCGAUGGAAGCUCUCCGAUGUUUGAGUGAAAUAGGACCGAUCGAUCUGGGAACAAUGCUGUUAAAAUCCGACGCAGAAAUGAUUGCUUACGAUACGGUACAGCUUUAA